UGCAGCAUUUAACCAUGCUACUCCACAUCUCUGCACUGCUCUCCCUCCUCACCUUGUCAAGAGCAAUGGACAGUGGUAUUAUUGGAGGAAAGGAAGUUAAACCUCAUUCCAGACCCUACAUGGUGUCUGUUCAGCAUAAUGGACGUCAUACUUGUGGAGGAAUACUCAUCAGAAAAGACUUUGUACUGACUGCAGCCCACUGUCUGAAUACCAACAGAGCUGAUGUUGGUCACCACAAUAUAGAGGUCGUUCUGGGGGCUCAUAAUAUAAACAAAACAGAAUCAAGUCAGCAGAGAAUCCAAGUAAGAAAUUCCAUCAGGCAUCCAAACUUCAAUAAGUAUACGACUGCAGGUAACUGGAAAAACCUAACUGUAGACAUCAUGCUACUUAAGCUGAAGUCUAAUGCAAAGCUGAAAAAGUCUGUUAAAGUUAUGAAGCUUCCUGGGAAGAAAGACAAGACAUCAGCCAAUGUGAAAUGUACCAUAGCAGGCUGGGGCAUGAGACAGCCUAACAGUGUGGAAUCUAAUGUGUUGAUUGAGACUUCACUCACAGUGCUGCCUCAACCUAAAUGUGAAGGGAUUUGGCAGAUGUACUUUGACUCUGCUUGCAUGAUGUGCACUGCUACAGCUGAAGACAACACUUUCUGUCAGGGUGAUUCUGGAAGUCCUCUGAUGUGUAAGUCUAAGCUGCAGGGCUUAGCCAUCUACACAUCUCGAGAGAGAUGCAAUGACCCUACGUACCCUGGGGUCUAUCUCAAAAUUUCUGCAUUCCUGGACUGGAUUAAAAAGGUCAUGAGCAAAGAGGUCUGAGGCUAUUAAUGUACCCCAGUGGGAACAAAUACUGCUGUAUUUUACAUACUGUUUUAAUAAAACUGACCAUUUAAAAGUUA